UUGAAACUAUAACAAAAUGAAUCAUAUAUGUGUGAUUAAUAACUAAUUGACCAUUAGGAAUUUGUGAAAUUUAUUAGAAUUUAAUUGAGUUAUAUUUUGGACUUCCGUUAAACUAACACUUUAUUUAUUGUCCGUAAUUUGUAUUAAUCAGUUUAGUCACUAAGGCUAAUUCAAUAAACAGUAAUCGCAGUAAUAAUAUUUCAGCAACAAUUGCAACACUACUGAUAACUUAUACAUCGAUAUAGUGGGCCUAUAUAAUUCUACAUCGAAUUUUUAUUGGUAUUUUUAAAAAAAUGGAAGUUAAAUAAAAAAAAAUAUUUUAUAUCUAAUCAGAAAAAAUAACUUGCAAGGAUUAUAAGGUUGUUAUUAAUAUGAAAGAAUUGAAAAACUGAUUAGUCAGUGAAGUAAAUAAACUUAAGUCGAAAUGGAUGAUGAUUUAGACAUAUAUAUUGAAAAAUAUUGUAAAAGAUGGCGUCAUGUGAUGCUGCUUUUAAUUAUGGCUAGUACGCCUGGUAUAUUCAAUGCAAUGCAAAUAAGCUCCUAUGUUUUUAUUGCUGAUCGGCCAUCACAUUGGUGUGAUGUACCUAUUUUACAAAUGGCUGAGUGGGAUAAUAAAAUGAUUUUGGAUGUUUCAACUCCAUCUCUAAUGAAAAUGGGUAAAAUUGAAGAAUGCAAUUAUUACAAUAGAAAUUAUUCAAUUCUUGCCAAAAAUGGUUAUGAGUGGUCAAUGAAACAUUUAGAAAAUGCUAGUUUGAUACCUUGUCAAUACUAUAAUUAUGAUAAAAAAGAAUCCAUUACUACAGAAUGGAAUUUAGUCUGUAAUAAUGAAGUUCUUAAAUCUAGUAUUCAAGCAUCUUUUGCAUUAGGCAAAUUCAUUGGUGGUUUAUUUUUUGGACUACUGUCUGAUAAAUAUGGACGGAAGUUUGUAUUCAAUAUUUCUGCUUUUAUCUAUGUAGCAUCUUGUCCAGUUACAGCAAUAUUGAACUCUUAUAUAUGGUUUCUUGUUGCUCGAAUUUUUACUGGUUUUGCAACUGCUGGAAUUUAUCAAACUGGAUACACAAUUUUGACUGAAUUAACAAUUGGAAAAACACGUACCUGGGCUUGUCUUUUAUUAAAUUUUUCUUAUCCUAUUGGUUAUGUUUUAUUAGCAAUUAUUGCUUAUUACAUACACCCUUGGAGAACAUUACUACUUGCUUUAUCUUUACCAGUUUUAUCUUUAGCUAUUAAUUGCUGGUAUCUUCCUGAAUCUCCUAAAUGGUUAUUAUCUAAAGGAGCGAAGAGAUUAGCUUGGGCUACUAUGUCAAAAUUAGAACCAACUGCAGCUUAUAAAGAAACUGAAAAUGAUAACUUUACUAAUAUAAUGCCAAAAAAAAAUCAAGGAAUGUUUACAGAAUGGUUUUCUACAUUUCUAUUAAUGUUUUCCUCUUGGGACUUAAGUAUGAAAACAACAAUUGCUUUUGCAUCUUCUUUUGUGGUAGGUUUGGCAUAUUAUGUAAUUGCAUUGAAUGGUGAUAAUUUAACAGCAGAUCGUUAUUUAUAUGUUAGUUUAAAUGGCAUUGUUGAAGGAUUUGCUUAUAUUGCAACGAUACCCUUACUUUUUUAUGUAGGUCGUAAAGUAGCAACUUCAAGUCUUUAUUUUUUAUCUGGAGUAUUAUUAGUUGUUCUAUUAGCUGUACCUAAAGGAAAUAUUGUUACAAUAAUAAUUAUUGCAUUGCUUGGAAGAUUUUGUGUCAGUGCGGUAUUUUCUAUAAUUAUUCUAUAUAUAUCAGAAAUAUUUCCAACAUCAAUUCGCAAUACCAGUCUUGGAACAUCAUUAACUGUUGCACAAAUAGGAGCUAUUGUUGCACCUUAUGUUGUAGAAUUAUUGGGAGCAAAAGCAUGGUACAUUCCUAGUACAUUAUGUGGAUUACUGUCCAUUUUUAUUUCAUUCGUUAUUUUAUUAUUACCCGAAACUAAAGGGACUAAAUUACCAAAUUCAAUAGACGAUAUGAAUACUUCUAGUCCAGUUUCAUUUAAAAAUAUUUGUAAAUUUUGAUUGAUGUUACUACAUAUUUAUACUCUAGGUUGAAUAAAAGUUGAUUUUUAAAAUAGCAUAUUAAACAUAAAAAAUUUAGCUACAACAUUUUUGCUUCGAUGAAAAGAAAAGAAGGCAUUAAUUUUA